CAGCGGCGCGGCGGGGCGGGCGGGAGCGGUGGCGCGGCGGGGCGGGCGAUGGAGGACGUGUGCGCCAGGUUCGUGUCGCAGAAGAUCAGCAAGACCCGGUGGCGGCCGCUGCCCGCCGCCGCCCUGCAGCCCCCGGACCUCUUCGCCACCGGCUCCUGGGACAACGAGGAUAACAGGAUCUCCGUCUGGUCUGUGGGAGACCUUGGAAAUGCGGGCCUUAACGGGGAAUACCAAGGAGAACCUCAGCUGCUGUGUGACAUCAGGCACAACGGGGAUGUUAUGGACAUGCAGUUUUUGGAUCAAGAGAGAAUUGUGGUAGCUUCAUCAACAGGAACCGUAACUGUAUUCCGUCAUCAUCAAAAUAACCAGACUUUAUCUGCCAACCAGCAGUGGGAGAAAGCCCAUUAUCAUGUGGAUCAAGACACAUCUUGUGGUGGAGCAGCAUGUACCGGAGUCAUCUGCAACAAACCAGAAAUUGUCACUGUUGGAGAAGAUGGUAGAAUAAACCUCUUCAGAGUUGACCAAAAGGAUGCAGUAAGAACUAUAGACAAUGCAGACAGCAGUACGCUCCAUGCUGUGACCUUCCUCCGCACAACUGAGAUCUUGACAGUAAAUUCAAUUGGCCAGUUAAAAAUAUGGGACCUCAGACAGCAAAGAAAUGAGCCAUCUCAAAUAUUUUCUUUGGCAGGAGACCGAGUUCCACUGCACUGCGUGGACAGGCAUCCCAAUCAGCAGCAUAUUGUGGCCACAGGGGGCCAGGAUGGGAUGCUGAGUAUAUGGGACAUCAGGCAGGGUACGAUGCCAGUGUCCCUGCUGAAUGCUCAUGAAGCAGAAAUGUGGGAAGUUCACUUCCAUCCCUCCAACCCCGAUCACUUAUUUACGUGUUCUGAAGAUGGAUCUCUUUGGCACUGGGAUACUUCCACAGACAUAUCUGAAAAACCAUCUUUUCUUCAUCAAGGAGGAAGAAGUACUGCCUAUUUUUCCCACAAUACCAUUAACCAGUCUGUUGUAAGUGCCUGGCUAAGCAACGAUCCUACCAAAGACCGCAUGGAAAUCACCAACCUAGUUCCAAAUCAGACCUUGUCUGUGAAUAGUCUAGAUAUUUUAGGACCAUGCCUAGUAUACGGUACUGAUGCAGAGGCUAUCUAUGUGAACAGACAACUUUUUGCAUGAAACAACUGAAGUGCCCCUUUGAAGUACUGACCCCCUGGAACUACUGGGGAAUGCCAGGUUCAUUCUUAAUGAUACUCAUUAGUCUGUUAGCAGCGCGUGGGGGAGAGGCAGGCCAGGUACUGCACAGGAAAUGUAAGGUACCUCGGAUUCUGCCGGCUCUCGCUCAUUACUGAUGCUCCAGGAUGGGUAACUUAUAUGUAAACUUGUCGUCAUUUCUUCCCUGGUGCCUGUUUGAUUUUGGAAAGCAGGAAGGUAAUCACUAGAGCAAGUUACUUGCUGUAAACCGAUGUCCAUAAUACACACGCAUGCAUACAAAGUGAAGAAAGGGUAAACCCCUGAUUUUUGAUACAAAAAUUAUCUUUUUUUUCCCUGGUAAAGAUAUUUUUCAAAUAUUAUUUCUACGGUCAGGCUAUGGGGUUCUUUGAAAUUCUUUUUAUGUCACCUGAGAUUUUUUUUAAGCUGAUUUUUUAAUCUAUUUAGGGGAACAUAACUUUUUCUGUCAGUUCAUGAGAAUUGGAAAGCUGUUAAAGCUGUGAAAUGUGAAAGGUUCUGUAGGAAUCUUAGCAUUUUAGAAACGUUAAUUUGGGUUAUUUACAGCUUCAUCCUGGAUGCUGCAUGUUAAAACUUGACCUUGAUAACAUGCUGGUAACUCCCUCAACAGAAACGUGGGUUUUAUAGCUAUGAGGUCAUAACUGAUGGAUGUGUUGGCUGUGAUUUCGGGAGUGAGAAUAACACUUUCUAAACUUGAGACAUGGUCUGCCACAGUCAACGUUUCACAUCUGGUCAGUUGCAAUGGUUGAGAAGUUAAAUUUUAUGAUGAGUGUGGUACCUGUUUUGUUGCAGAGAACCCUUUCUCUUUUUAAUAAAGAGUUUUACGCAAGAA